AAUGUUUCAUCCUGUCUAUGAGAUCACAUCAUCUCUUCGCCAUCCAUGACUAUCGCAGUCAGGGCUUCCAGAACCUUGACGAAACCUUGGUGAAGAAGACUCAUUCGACUGACUACAUGCGGCUACCGUCAUAUAGACGAAAAGCACGCAUGGUACCAUCAAAUUGAGGUUAAGAAUUGGACGGAGAACUAUACCUCUGUACAGAUGAUUUGUCCAUCACAUGGUUCCUAUUUUUGGAAGAUGGAUCUGCUGAUUUAGCCUCAACCAUGGCACAUGCAGGGCAUACAGAGGUCUUGAAAAAGAAAGUUCGCGAUAAUUACGCGUUUCUCAUUGGCCACUUGGAUUUGUCAGUCAUAGAUUUUUUAUACCAAGAAGGUGAUUUGACAGAAGAAGACCUGAGCAGAAUCGCCUCCAAGGAACCCGUUCAGCAUGAACAAUACAGGGAAUUAUUUAAAAUUAUGUUUGCCAAACCAGGUGAUCCUUUCGUCUCAUUUUUCAACUGGCUCGACACUGAAGACAACAAAAAACAGAAACAACAUCUAAAACAAGUUUUAAACACAGGGAAAAACGAAACACGUGAAUUGGCAAGGGAAUCAACUCACGGGGAGACAGAAAAACCAAAAUGGUUCAGGCAAUUUACACAACCGGAAACAGAACGACCACCAGAACGACAAUCAACACGAGGGAAAAACGAAACACGUGAAUUGGCAAGGGAAUCAACUCACGGGGAGACAGAAAAACCAAAAUGGUUCAGGCAAUUUACACAACCGGAAACAGAACGACCACCAGAACGACAACCAACACGAGGGAAAAACGAAACACGUGAAUUGGCAAGGGAAUCAACUCACGGGGAGACAGAAAAACCAAAAUGGUUCAGGCAAUUUACACAACCGGAAACAGAACGACCACCAGAACGACAACCAACACGAGGGAAAAACGAAACACGUGAAUUGGCAAGGGAAUCAACUCACGGGGAGACAGAAAAACCAAAAUGGUUCAGGCAAUUUACACAACCGGAAACAGAACGACCACCAGAACGACAACCAACACGAGGGAAAAACGAAACACGUGAAUUGGCAAGGGAAUCAACUCACGGGGAGACAGAAAAACCAAAAUGGUUCAGGCAAUUUACACAACAACGACCAUCAGAACGACAAUCAACACGAGCUUCUAAUGGACAGUAUGAAAAACAACCGCGUGGGACAUCUGCUAAAGACAGUUUGCAGUUUCAUGAUGGCUCCAACCUCCAACGCAUUAAAGAACUGGAUGAAAAAGUAAUGGCACUGGAGAAAGAAAUAACAGAUCUUAGAAAGGACAAGAAACUGCAAGAAAGGGUAUUUUUUUACAGCGUCUAAAUGUAAUGUGCGUUAUACAUACAUGAAUGAAUGUGACAUAUUCU